AUGGCACCACUACCAUGGGGGGGUCCCAGGGGCGACGGAAAUCUGGACAGGAUGACGACCUGGGGCACCCCGCUGUACCAGGCUGCCGCAGGAGGCCGCUAUGAGAUGGUCAAGUGGCUUCUAGAUCAGAACGUCGAUGUCGAUGGCCCCGGGAGAAGCCUAUGCAGUUGUAUGCCAAUCGGGAAGAGGGCAAGGGCCCGUUCCUUCCCCUCCAUCUGUCGCCCUGCCCGCACAUCCUUACAUGUGGCCCUGUGCCAGCGACACAGCUCCGUUGCUCGCCUCCUGCUUUCCGCCGGAGCAUCUCUGACAACUCAGUUGCAGGGUAGGUACGCCAUGAGAAAGUCCCCUUUCUGGGAUUCGGAAGCGGACGCGGAAACAUGCCCAUAUCUUCCACCACCCGCCAGAAAGGCGAAGUUCUGGUUAGCAGAUGCCAUGCAAAGUUCGAGGCCACAUAACGCCCUGCACGAUGCGGCUCGUGCUGGGAACUUGGAGGUGAUGACCGAUCUCGUCAAGAACCGGGGCCUCUCGGUAGACAGUCCUGACAACAGAGACGCCACGCCGAUUCAAUACGCCUGCGAGUAUCGUCCCUCAGAGCGCAAUGUACACACGGAGAGAGACGUUGUGUCACAUUUGCUCAGCCUCGGGGCCGAUGUGGAGAUAUUUUUCCAACAUGGAAACUCAUUCAUGACGCUGGCACUCGAAUUUGCCAUCGCUCAGGGUCAUAUCGAGGCCGCCAAGCAGCUUAUGACGGUGGGAGACAGCCUUUGGACCGCUUUUGCAGACAACGGCCCCAAAGAAUCACGGCUAAAGCUGUUGUUGCCAGCGAUAAUUGAUACAACCGAGCCCGACUGUAAUUCGGUUCUCGACUCGUACGCUCAAGUCGUCGCGGACUUCAUCCGGGAGACCCAACGGACGCAUCGGCCGGAAUAUGCCCCGCUUGUAGGAGAACUUCAGUCGACCUUUCUCUUCGUCUGCGAGGUCUCCUGUGGCGUCGAUCGCGACUGUAUGGAUAUCCUUCGCUCUUUCAUGGACGUAUUGGAUUUCGGAGACAAAGUGACUUUGGAGCAGAAUUGCCCCUUCUUGAAGUUCAUCAGACGGAGCUUUGCGGAGCCGGACGGCUUAUGGAGCGCAACUUUUCCCUUGACUAUGCCUCCCGACAAAGAGCAGGACCGUUUAUCGGGCUCUUCUCUCGGCAUGCUCGCUCUCUGUGUUACGAUUGGUGUGAUGGACUGGGACUAUCAGGGGCGGGCCCUGACGACCUUAAACUGGCUGAUGACCCAGGGCGCGAACCCGAUCGGCAUGCGAGACACCGAUCCGGACCCGUCUCUCACCCCCUUUGUCUACCUGAUGAAGAAGAUCACGGUGGGCCAUCCGCGAGAAUCGGAGCCGCUGACCUUUGUGUUGGGCUCAAUCGGCCCUUUUGUCCGUCUUCUGGUGCAAAAGGGAGCGUGGAUCCCGUGCGGAGAGGAUGAUAUCGGAGGAGUUGUUCGAGUAUACAAGGCGUGGGAGCUGUGUGUCCGCGACUUACAUGAGAGGCCGGAAACCGCGCCAGAGUGGGCUUUCGCGAUUCGCGAUGCGUUUGAUGACUGGUCUGACAGGCCCAAGGUUGAGGAGGUGCUGAGGCAGCACGGUCUUAUCGACGAAGAUAAUUGUGUCGAUUAUGAGCAGAGUGAAGUGUGGGAUGAAGAAACCGAAGAGGAGACCGAAGAGGAGGCCCUUUAA